CAUGGUCCAUAUCCAACCCCGCGGCGAAUCGAACGACACAUCAAGACUUCACCUCCUUUCACUCCCAAAAUCAACAUCUAGCUCGCUACAGGUUAAGUCGAGACAUCACCACGAAAAUGGCUCCUAGCGAACAACCCCCAAGUAUCCGUAACAAACCAGCCGAUGGCGUCCCAUUCUUCACCCCGGCCCAAGAACCGCCGGCCGGGACGGCAGUAGACCCCCAACCGGACGGCAGUCCCAUCCCGAAGCUCUUCACUCCCUUGAAAAUCCGCGGCGUCACUUUUCAAAACCGCAUAGUCGUCUCGCCGCUGUGCCAGUACUCAGCAGAAAAUGGGUUGCAUACGCUAUGGCACACAACUCACCUGGGCGGCAUCGUGCAACGCGGGCCAGGUCUCACCUUCGUCGAAGCGACAGCAGUCCAAGCGCGCGGGCGCAUCACGCCCGAGGACAGCGGUCUCUGGACCGACGCGCAGAUGGCGCCGCUGCGCCAACACGUCGCGUUCGCGCGGUCGCAGGGCCAGCGCAUCGGCAUCCAGCUCGCGCACGCGGGCCGCAAGGCGUCCUGCGUAGCGCCGUUCCUGCACCGCGGCGCGCUCGCGACCGCCGACGUCGGCGGCUGGCCCGACGACGUGCUGUCCGCGAGCCCCGUCCCGUACGCGGAGGGCUACCCCUUGCCGCGCGCGUUCAGCGUGGCGGAGAUCGCGCAGUUGAAGCGGGAUUGGAGGGAUGCUGCGAAGAGGGCUGUGGAUGUCGGGUUUGAUGUGCUGGAGUUGCAUUCCGCGCAUGGGUAUCUGGUGCAUAGUUUCUUGUCGCCGGCGAGUAAUAAGAGAACUGAUGAGUAUGGGGGUAGUUUUGAGAACCGUGUUAGGUUGCUCUUGGAGCUUGUUGGCGAGAUGAGGAGCGUGAUGCCGGAGACUAUGCCCCUGUUUGUGCGCAUCAGUGCUACGGAUUGGUUGGAGGACGUCGAGGGGUAUGGAGAUGACAGUUGGAAACCGGAUGAUGCGGUGCGUCUGGCGGGGCUUCUGGCCGAAAGGGGCGUUGAUGUGAUUGAUGUGUCGAGCGGUGGGAAUCACCCCCUGCAGAAGAUAAAGCCGGGGUUGGCGUACCAGGCGCCCUUCGCUAAGGCUAUUAAGAAGGCGGUUGGUGACAAGCUUCUUGUCAUGACUGUGGGAAGUAUCACCACCGGAAAGUUGGCUGAGAAGUUGCUUGUGGGUGGUGCUGGGGACAAUGACCCUCCCCUUGAUCUCGUGGCCUCCGGGCGGCUGUUUCAGAAGAACCCGGGAUUGGUUUGGGCGUGGGCUGAAGAGCUCAACACUUCAAUUUACGUUGCGAGCCAAAUCGGAUGGGGCUUUGGAGGAAGGAACACAAAGCAACUCGGAGGACAGCCCACGAGGGCUGAAGAAGAAGAGGCUAAAGCCAGGGAAUUGGCUGAGAAUGGACCUCGUGAUGAAGGCCCUAUACCUAGAUGAUUUCCUACGAAGGCGAUGUCGACGACAACAACAAUAACGACGUAUACGGCGAACGAAUAUGGAAAACCCUAGAGAGAUGUUGAGGAAAGACCAGCACUGACUUCUUUUUCCUUCUUCC